AUGAUUAACAUAGAAACUAAAGCAUCACUUGAACUUACUGAUCCAUCAUUUGAAAUCAAUUUUGACUAUAACCACCCUUACAUUACCACUAGUAGUCUAAACGUUUUCCUCGAUCAUUCUGGUUUCAUAUACCAACCUGAACAUCUUAAUAAUUCUGAUGAUUCUCCUAAUGACAUGUGGAUUGGUUCUACCCCUGAAUGCCUUCAAGACCUAAUAAUACUGGAACAACUUCUCAUUUCACUCAAGUACCCGUAUAUGAAUCUAAUGCAGAUAAUGAAAAGAAGAUAUACUCACCAUAAGCAUAAAGGACACAUCGUGACGCUGCCUCAAAAUCCAAGUUCUUUAAUUAAU